GUUUUGGUCGUGAUCAUUUAAAUGACGCGUUCACAAAUAUAUUUUUUAUUACUAAUUAUUUAAUUAUCUAAUUUUAAACGAAUAAUAGUUAAUCUAACUUUAAUCAUUACCUCAAAUUAUUCAGCAAAUUAGCUAGAUCAGGUUCCUAGGCUAAUUAGACAAUAAGCUAUUAUGCUUAAUGAUUAUUUAAUUUGAACGAAUGUUAUAAUUUGAUAACAGUACAGCUGAUUGAUUACACCAUCGAUUGAUUUUGAUUGACUAUUGAGUUAUAGAUCGUCAAGAAGAGUAUUUAUUCAGCGCAUUUUAGUUUUUGAAUUUAGUUUACCUACAAAUCUUUUACUGAGUGGUUGUGCAUUUGUGCACUGUUUUUGUCUUCUUACAUUUUUCUUGUAAAUUCUUUACAAAAUGUCUCUACUACAGAACUUGACAUACAGAGAGUAUCAACAUGCUUUAGAAUUUACCUUACAUAGGUGUGAAAUAAUAGCAAGAUUGGCCAACAUGAAAAUUCCCUACACAAACACAACAAAACCAGGCGAGACCUUGGUAAAAGCACUGGACCGUGCUGGAUUUUCUGUCUCUGCGUAUAAAAAACUAGUUGCAGACUCCGCCAAAGUAAAGACAAUUACUACAUAUUACAAACCUAAAGCAAAGAUUGCUAUCCUAGUGUCCAACGAUAGAUAUACAUAUUUAUCUAAAUUGGCAACUCCGUCAAUUGACUGUGACUCUCUGGCGACACUGCUGAAAAAUGCAGGGUUCAUUACUAUUAAGAUAAAGAAUACUACUGGAACACAACUGAAACUUAUUCUGGCUAAGAUCUUUGACCUGGUCGAAGAGGAUUCUUAUUGUUUCUUCUUCUACGCAGGUCAUGGUUGUCAACUAUGCAAUACAAAAUGCAUGUUAGGUAUCGACUGCCCAGUAGAAAAUAUUGGCUUGGAACAUUGCGUUACUGAGAACUUUGUACUUAAUGCGAUGACCAAGCGCAAACCUGAACUGGGAAUGCUUAUCAUGGAUAUGUGCUGCGUAUGUUUGGAUCGCAACGUCCACCCCAACAUCUUCGCUUCAAUCAACACGAUUGAAGAGUACACUGUACACAAGAAUUUACUCAUAGCUUAUUCAAGCCAGUCUUCGCAGAAUGCUUAUGAAGAGCUUCAGAUUGAGUGCUCAACUACCAUCAACAAUGAUCAGACCUACGAGCUGAAGACUGGCGAUACGGAUAGAAUCGUACCCAGAGCUAGCCAGUAUGUAAACUCUUUGUGUACAAGGAUAGAUGAAGACUUGGACGCAAACACGUUACUAGAUAAAGUACACGAAGAUGUUGAAAAAUCAGUUAAGAGACAAAAACCUACAAAAGUGCAGUGCGGUGUUGAUAAAAGAUCAUUGUAUGAUCCCCCAACAGGCGACACGCAAGCACUACAAAGUAAAUUAAGAGAAGCCACUCGGGAAUAUAAAGACAAUUGCGUAGUCUAUUAAUUAUUUUACAAUUUAUUAAUAAUUUUAGAUUUAGGAUAAUGAAGCUUUAAGUUUAUUAUUUAGAUUAAGAUACGAUUUAAAAAUGUGGGAGAGCCAUGCUUCGACGAUGGGCCGGCUCGACCGGAGUGAUACCACGGCCUCACGUUAUACCGGCUUGAAACAACGCUUGAAUUGCGUUCGCCGCGCUUGUGAGGUUACCGGAGGCCCAAUUCCUCCCCUCCCUAAAUCCCUAUCCCCAAAGGACGGCAAACGGGUACCCAUGGGAGACGGCAAUUGCUUACUAUCAGGUAAUCCGUCUGCUCGUUUGCUAGCCUAUCCCCCAAAAACAUCCAACUCAUACUGUGAUAGUAAUUAUAAGUAUUAUCGUUAUUUAAUUGUAAUUAAUGUUAUUAGAUAUUUAAUACAAUGUAAUUUUAAUGACUACGAUCGGGAAUUUAUUGCAAUUAUUUUUAUAUUUUUACACUACAAAGUUGUAGGUAAACUUUAUAUAAGUUAGAUUAUAAGGUGCUUCGAAGCGAAAACUUUUUAAAACUUAGAUUAUAAGAUGCUUUAUAAGCGAUAAGGUGCUAUUAGUUGUUAUAAUAAGUAUUAAUUAGGUUUAGGCUGGACUUUAUUAUGAUAUUUCUUCUUUCUUCGGUGGAGCUGCGGUUUACACCCUCAUUUCUUUGUUAUAUAAUUUUAAGAGGCUGUUAUUUUUUUAAUUCUAGGUAAUUAAUGUAUUAGUUUAAGUAUUAUGUAGAAUGUAUAAUAAUCACGAAUAUAUACACAUACACACAGUGGAUUUCAUAAUAAAGGGUAGAAAGUAACCGCAGUGCCCCAUACUAAUAUCUUGUCCUUUCUUUCUUUCAAUCUAGUCAUAAAAGAGUAACCUGCAACCAGUGGCCUUUUAGGCCAGCAAGUGUUCUACUGCAUUUUCACUAACACUAGUUCUAUAAGAAUUUGUUAAUAAUAUUUGUUAUUAUUAUGAAAUAACUGUGAUUAUUUUGAUGUGAAAUGAAAUAAAUUGACGUGAGAACAA